GGAUGGCAAAAUUUGACGUUGUAGCUUUGUAUCAAACCCUUUCCCUAUUGAGGCUAGAUUAUCACAUUAUUUGGUAUUUUCAUGCUUUAGAAGAACCUGAUAACUGUUCGAUAAAGUUGCUUGCAUUUCCAUCGUCAUGGCAGACAUCGGAUUUGACGAUUCUUCCUCAGACAGGCUUGAAGGUUCACAUGUUCACUCUGUUGUUGGAGGUUUGAUACUAAAAGGAAGCAACAAGAAAACGACUUCAUCCCCCAAGGAAAGCGUGUUAGGACUGAAGAAACUCGCGGAAGAGAAAAGGAAGCGAAAGCUUGAGGAAGAUGACGAGGGAACGAAAAAGGUGAAAGCUCUUUCCUCAAAUCGUGAAGCAAAUUGGGAAGCAGACCGUAGAGAUAUGGAACUUCAAGGAGAGGCGAGACUAAGUUCGGGGAGUAAAUCGAAAUCACGUCAUUACAGGACUGGAUUAGUGGAAACUCCUUCGCAUACUGGAGGUGUUAAUGAAGAAAUAAGAGAAAAGCAACUUCUGAGACUUGAGCGGGAUCGAGAAACCAGAAGGGGUGGCGUGUAUGCUCAGUCUAGGACAAAAGACAAAGACGAGAAGGGAUCGAGAAGUGAUAGAGAGGGGUAUAGAGAUAGAAGGGACAGAUAUGAUGACCUUGACAAAAAGAGGUAUGACAAAGGAGAGCGAAGUAGUCGUAGAUCUCGAGACUACAUGUAUGAUAAAGAUGACAAGGGUAAUUAUUUUAAGGAACCACGAACAAGCCGAAGUGAAUGGGAAGAGACACCAUACAGAAGUAGUAGAUCAGUGAGAGACGAGGGUUACACACCAAGGUACAAGUCGAAAGAUAUUAGAACUCCUUCACGGAGUAGUUGGGAUGAUGAAGAUUCGACACCAAGUAGAUCUAAAUGGGAAAUGCCAUCUCCUAGCAGAUCAAUUAGUGAAGACAUGAGAAGUGAACGAAGAUCCCAUCGCCGAGUUGAUGACACUCCUCAUUUUACUCCAACACAUAAAUACAAUGUCUGGGAAGAUGAUCGCCGAAGCACAGGAGCCACACCAAGAUUCUCUAAAGGAAAACGUUCCAAGGAUGACAGUGAAUCGGGUUUUCCCUCAGAUGUUGACAAGGAAGAGUGGGAGGAAGAGCAGAAGAGACUUGAUCGGGCCUGGUAUGACAUGGACUCUGGCUACGAUGAAACUCAGAACCCAUUUGCUGAUGUCAGUGAUGAAUACACUAAGAAGAAAGAAGAAAGUAUGGCUAAGAAGGCAGUUAAAAGGAUGUCUGCACAACAACGUCAGAUCAAUAAGGAUAAUGACUUGUGGGAGACUAACAGGAUGCUGACAAGUGGCGUAGUGCAGAAGUUGGAGGUUGAUGAUGAUUUUGAAGAUGACCAGGAAGCGAGAGUACACCUCCUGGUUCAUAACAUAGUCCCGCCUUUCCUGGAUGGACGGAUUGUCUUCACAAAACAACCAGAACCAGUUAUUCCAGUCAAGGAUUCUACAUCAGACAUGGCCAUGAUUUCAAGAAAAGGAUGUCAUGUUGUCCGUGUACACAGGGAACAGAAAGAGCGACAAAAAGCCCAACACAAACACUGGGAGCUGGCAGGAACAAAACUUGGGAAUAUUCUGGGAGUCAAAAAAGAGGAAGAGGAGGAGGACACCAAAGGAGGUGAAGAAGAUUACAAGGAUAACCAAAAGUUUGCUGAACACAUGAAAGACAAAAGUGAAGCUAGCAGCGAGUUUGCUGCUAAGAAAUCACUCAGAGAACAGAAACAGUAUUUACCCAUAUUUGCCAUCAGAGAAGAGCUAUUGAACAUUGUGAGAGACAAUCAAGUUGUCAUUGUCAUUGGUGAAACAGGGUCUGGGAAAACAACGCAACUUACUCAGUAUAUGCACGAAGACGGAUACACAAACUAUGGCAUGAUUGGGUGUACACAGCCUCGUCGAGUGGCAGCCAUGUCCGUUGCUAAGCGUGUCAGCGAAGAGUUCGGCUGCAAACUUGGUGAAGAAGUUGGGUAUGCCAUUCGAUUUGAAGAUGUCACUUCAGAGAAUACUAUUAUCAAGUACAUGACAGAUGGUAUUCUAUUGCGAGAGUCACUCCGUGAAUCAGAUCUUGAUCAUUACAGUGUUAUUAUAAUGGACGAGGCUCACGAGAGAUCACUCAACACGGAUGUGCUGUUUGGUCUGUUAAGAGAGGUAAUUUCUCGUCGAAGAGAUAUGAAACUCAUUGUGACGUCCGCAACGAUGGAUGCUCAAAAAUUUGCCGACUUCUUUGGCAAUGUUCCAACAUUUCAGAUUCCAGGCCGAACUUUUCCCGUGGAUAUUCUUUUCAGUAAGAACGUGGUUGAAGAUUAUGUUGAUGGCGCUGUCAAACAGGCCUUACAAAUCCACCUCACCCCUGCCAAAGGUGAUAUUUUGAUCUUCAUGCCUGGUCAAGAGGAUAUUGAAGUGACUUGUGAUCUUAUUACAGAGCGACUGGACGAGAUAGACGAAACCCCUCCGUUAGCAGUGCUGCCAAUUUACUCGCAGCUGCCGUCAGACUUGCAGGCUAAGAUAUUUCAAAAGGCGCCAGACGGAGUCAGGAAAUGCAUAGUGGCAACAAAUAUCGCAGAAACCUCGCUUACAGUGGACGGAAUCAUGUUUGUGGUGGAUUCUGGGUACUGCAAGCUGAAAGUGUUUAAUCCUAAGAUUGGUAUGGACGCCUUACAAGUGUAUCCCAUCAGCCAGGCCAAUGCGAAUCAGAGAUCUGGCCGAGCAGGCAGGACCGGGCCUGGUCAGUGUUUUCGGCUUUUCACGGAGAGUUCCUACAAAAACGAAUUGCUUGUGUCCACGGUGCCAGAAAUCCAACGAACAAACUUGGCCAAUGUUGUCCUUCUUCUCAAGUCCCUCGGAGUGCAAAAUCUGCUGGAAUUCCACUUCAUGGAUCCGCCGCCUCAAGACAACAUUUUGAAUUCCAUGUAUCAGCUGUGGAUUUUGGGUGCACUUGACAACACAGGAAGCCUCACACCCCUGGGACGCCAGAUGGUAGAGUUCCCCUUGGACCCCGCCCUGUCCAAAAUGGUGAUCAUAGCUGUGGAUAUGGACUGUAGCGACGAGUCACUGACCAUAGUGUCCAUGCUGUCAGUGCCUGCCAUCUUUUUCCGUCCAAAAGGCAGAGAAGAGGAGAGUGACGCGGCUAGAGAGAAAUUCGCUGUACCCGAGAGCGAUCACUUGACGUAUCUUAACGUUUAUAUGCAGUGGAAGAGUAACAAUUACUCAGCCCAGUGGUGCAGCGAGCACUUUAUUCACAUCAAAGCUAUGCGAAAAGUUCGAGAAGUCCGUGGGCAGCUAAAAGAUAUCAUGAUACAACAGAAGAUGCCGCUGAAGUCCUGUGGAAAUGAUUGGGACGUCAUCAGAAAAUGUAUCUGCUCGUCCUACUUUCAUCAAGCUGCCAGAUUGAAGGGUAUCGGAGAAUACGUAAACAUGAGAACAGGGAUGCCGUGUCAUCUUCACCCCACCAGUGCACUGUUUGGCAUGGGAUACACACCAGAUUAUAUUGUCUACCAUGAACUGGUCAUGACUUCUAAGGAAUACAUGCAGUGUGUCACUGCUGUGGACGGUAACUGGUUGGCAGAGCUUGGACCUAUGUUUUACACUGUCAAAGAAUCAACGAAAACCAGGCUGGAGAAAAGAAGGCGUGCUCGAGAAGAUUUGUCGGCGAUGGAAGAGGAAAUGGCGGCCGCUAGUGCGCAGAUGAAGGCGAGAGAAGAGGAAAAGCUGGCCAAAGAAACUCCGUCCGUCAGGUCACAGAUCGCCACACCAGGGCGUAAAGCCCCUGCUACUCCGCGCCGCACCCCCUUCAGAUUUGGACUGUAGCGUCAACAACAAAAGAAUCAUGCUUUGUUUUCUCCAUUGGAAAACCGGAAGAUUUGGAAGUAGUGUUCGAUCGAGAUUUCACCAUUCUUCGUUUUGCGUCAGAGUUGAACUAAUCUCGAGGAAGAACUUAAAAUGAAUCACAAAAAUCUCGAGCUUUGUGCCAAAG